AUGUCUAUUAACGACAGGGUUAUCGAAACCAGCGUGCCCUUUUCACAAAUUCCUGUGGCCAAAAUCAUUCGCACGUUGGCGACGCUCCAGUACCCAGACACUCUCCCCGGCCCCGAUGAGCCUCUAGACUUGAUUACCCUCUACCAAAGUCAGCAUUAUGCCACGAAGCGUGACACCCACGCUAUUAUCAGCCGCGCUGAGCAACUUGCUCCCUCCGAGAUUUCCCAGAUUGCUACGGAGCUAAACGAGCUCGUCAAAAUGUAUCACCCGUAUACCAUUGCUUACCCUCCCACUCAGGGAGAUCUUCAGUACUUCCUUACUGCCAUCUUCUGGGGCUGGCGAAGCGACCUUCGUAUUGGCGAGAAGCCUGUUAUCCGGGCUCCUACCUUCAAUGACCGUGCCCUACGCGUUGGUUACUUCCAGCAUGAUCUCGAGCCAGUUGCUGGUUUUGGCCCUGAUGGCCUCAAGAACCGCCACAAAGAUGACAAUGCUUACAACUACGUCUACAUCGAUCACCAGGCUCAAACUGUCAACGUCGCCUGGAAGGAUGGCAACUGCCUUGAUAUCCAACCCCAGGAUGUCAGUCUUAUCCGCCCUUUCUGGCGCCUGGAUGAUCGCAUCAUCAUUCUCUUUGAUCAUUAUGAGGACUGUGAGCAGCUCCGAGUUAUGGAUCACAACUGGAAUCUUGCCAUUUGGUCUGCUCGCAAGAAGAUCAAGCGCUUCGCUGAGGAUGGCGUUACUGCUCGUGAGGCCGCUGACUACUGGCCUAAUCGUCUGACCACUGAGGGUUUGGAGCCAUGGAUCACCGUUGAGCGCCUCUUUGAGCUCUAUAAACCAAACCUUAUCUAA